AUGCGGGCACCACGGGGCCAGCAGUCAGUAAUCCCUGCGCAUCCCUUUCCUUGCAGUUACCUGGCCGAGCAGUGCUGGAAUGGCGGCUUUUUUGACCUGCGCCGCAUCAAGCGCAAAGCCCCUCUUCCUCCUUCCAACGGCAACAACAGCAACAGCUGCGACCCCAAAGCCAAGCCCAGCCCGGAACCUGGUGACAGAGCCGCUCAAAAUGGGAAAAGGACCAGGAAGUUUGGGGUCAUCACCAGAACACCGGGCAGCAAGGACAGCAAAGAGAAGCUGGGCUCAGAGCACAGGAACGGGCACUGCACCCCGAUGGAGGUGGAGGUUGCGCAGCCAGAGACCUCCGAAGCAGAAAGCAAUGGGGAAGAACAGCUUCGGGGCCCCGGGAGUCAGCACCGGUGCCGGCUGUCAGAUGGUGGUGUGCCAGACAUUGGUGACCAGUCUGCCCAGCGAGAAGGUUGCCGCAUAUGGAAGAUGCACAUCCUGAAAGGGACGGAUGGGCUGGGAAUCCAGAUAACGGGAGGCAGAGGGUCAAAGCGGUCCCCUCACAGCAUCAUCAUCACUCACGUGGAGGAAGGCGGCUCUGCACACAGGGACGGCAGGCUGACGGUGGGCGAUGAGCUCCUCACGAUCAACGGGCACUCACUGGUCGGGCUUUCCCACCAGGAUGCCGUGGCUCUCCUACGCUCAGCUGCUGGCCUGGUGCAGCUGGUGGUCGCUAGCAAGGAGUCUGCUGAAGGGGAUUUUCUGAAGUACCCAUCUACCAGUUUGCCAGACUUGCUUAGCUCUUGCUCCGUGCAGGACUCUGUCUCUUGCACAGACAAUAAGGAAAACGAAGAACCAGAAGAAGAAGAUGUGAAAGGAGUGAAUGUCUCUCCUGAAAAACUGGUCGCUAUGAUGGAAACUGAGAAGUGUCAAGAUCCAGCUUGUGCAGAAGUGUCCAAAGGAAACAACCAGAGUCCAACCCUGGGAAGUGGCAUACUGAAGUACAGAAGUCGGUCCCAAGGUGCCGGAUCCCGCUUGGAGUCCGUGGGAGAAGAUGAUGAGCUGACAGUGGAAAAUGGGGAAUCGAAUUAUGAAAUAGCGGUGAAAUAUUCCCGGGGUGGAAGAAAACACUCUCUGCCCCAGCAGCUGGAGUCAGCAGGAGCCAGGCAGGACUACCAUAUCGUGAAGAAAUCCACCCGUUCCUUCAGUGCCGCCCAAGUGGAAUCUCCAUGGAGACUGACCCAGCCGUCCAUCAUUUCCAACAUUGUUCUGAUGAAAGGGCAAGGCAAGGGUCUUGGAUUCAGCAUUGUGGGAGGUCAGGAUUCUGCUCGCGGACGCAUGGGGAUUUUUGUGAAGACUAUAUUCCCAAAUGGAGCAGCGGCUGCUGAUGGAAGGCUUAAAGAAGGGGAUGAAAUCCUAGAAGUUAAUGGAGAGUCUCUACAAGGGCUGACCCAUCAGGAGGCCAUUCAGAGGUUUAAGCAACUCAAGAAAGGAGUGGUGACCCUGACGGUGCGCACGCGGCUGCGCAGCCCGAGCCUCACGCCCUGCGUGACUCCCACCUUGCUGAGCCGCUCCAGCUCCCCCAGCUCCAGCGCCGGCGGUGGCACGCCGGUCCCUGGCCCCGAUGAGGUGGGCGGUUCCUCCUCCAGCCGCAAAGGACCCGGCCCGAAGGACAGGAUCGUUAUGGACGUGACACUCAAUAAAGAGCCAGGGGUUGGGCUCGGCAUUGGUGCCUGUUGUCUCACGCUGGAAAACAGUUCUCCAGGGAUAUACAUUCACAGCCUGGCCCCGGGAUCAGUGGCUAAAAUGGAUGGCAGAUUAAGUCGGGGUGACCAGAUCCUGGAGGCAGAUUCGGUGAGUCUGCGUCACGCAGCGUUAAGUGAAGCCUACGCCAUCCUGAGUGAAUGCGGUCCAGGUCCGGUUAGCCUGAUCAUUAGUCGGCAUCCUAACCCAAAGGUUUCUGAGCAGGAGAUGGAUGAAGCAAUCGCACGUACUACCCACCGGGAGAGCAAGGAUGCCAGCUCCUCUCAUGUCACAGGAGCUGCACAAAAAAGUCCGUCUCCUAGUGUGAAGGCCAAACAAGGAGAGACCUCCUCUCCCCUCAGCUGGACUAUGAAACGCUUCCUGGAGCCAGCAAGCCGGGGAUCCGUGAGCUCCGAGGCAGAGCUUUCCCAGUACUUCUCACACGACACAGCGAGCCAGCUCCCGUUUCCAGAUGCUGCAACCGGCUCCUGCGACGAAGAGCAGCUCCGUCAGAAGAACAGAAAUAGCUUGUUGGACGAUGGCUCUCUUCUUUCUGGCAACCUGACUGCUAGAGAAGCAGGAGUGGCAAAAGCAAAUGGUCUGGCUUCUCCAACUAGUGGGAGGUCCUCCAGCCUUCACAACAAGCAUGUGGAGUCUGUCCGACCUGGCAUCCUUAGCGACAGCCCCAAAUCUGCCCGCAGCCCCUUUCAUCGACAGAGGAGGGUUGUUUUCUAUGAUGGUGAUGCUAGUGAUGACGAUGAAAGUUCCCACUCGCAAAGAAGCCUGAGGGCCAAGAGGCAGGAUGACACUGGCAUUGUCAUCACAACCUCGUCUGUAGAGAUCGAUGAUGAAAGCCAGGACAGUGAGUCACCCAGAUACAGUGGCACAGAUACGUCUUCCCCUGUUUUCAGCAACUCGGUGGAGUCUGCAGACAGCACGCUGGAGCAAAUUGACUCUCCCUUCUUCCCCAUCAUAGCUUUUGAUUACUCAAGCGUGCCUGAAGUUCGUCUUGGCAGCCUGAGUUUGAAGGAGCUUCGGGAAGCACAACUGGAAUCUAAGAGAUCGCCAAAACUUGAGCACAGAGCAGUCACGAGAGUGAAAAGCAUGAUGAGCACCGAGUGCCGAAGCCUUCAGAGACAGAGGACGGAGGAACAUGGCUCUUACAACAAGCCCAUUGCGAGGACGCUCCCUCACAGCAGAAAGUCUGAAGCAUCGGAUGGGACUGGGCAGGGCCAGUGUGAAAUAGUCACUCUGGUUCGCAAUGAGCACGAGUCAUUCGGCCUGGAUUUGGAAAUCCAGGCCAUGCCCUUAAAGGUUGUUGUCACAGGGCUGCGACCAGGUGGAGCAGCAGAAAUGGGAUCAAUGGGCAAGAUGGCUGUAGGAGAUGAGAUUACCACCAUCAACAGCAUCCCUGUCAGUAAGAUGACGUAUGAGGAGAUCUGCUUGCUUAUGCAGUGUCUUCCCACAUCCGUAACCCUGGAGAUCCAGAAAGCAGCAUCAGCUGUCAGCAGAUUUACCAACCUCAUCCUGUCUCCAGGGGUAGACAGUCAAAAUCAGGCCGACGUCAACAGCAUCCUCGCAGCUGAGGAAGGAGAAGCGGGUGCUGGGAAGCGAGAAGGAGCGGGUUUGCACAGCGCGGGCGGCGGCUGUGCGGCGGAGAGAACCGACAUCGACGACUUGCUCAGCCAAAUGGGUGCUCCCGAGAGCAGGGCUUCCCGCACCCCAUCGCGAGCGGAGAGCCCCCUCCGAGACGAGUACACCACCAUGUGCUGCUGCGGGACGGACGAAGGCUGUCCCGGCUCCGAGCCACGGCUGGCCAAGGAGGAGCUGCGGGAAGAGCUGCGGGAAAAGCCCAGUGCGCAGGGGGUUUUGGGGCUGUCUGUGUUGGACUCCAUUAACACAGGCAAACUUUUUACUGUGAAUAAAAACUCUCUAAGUAACUAUUCUAGGAAUUUUAGCAGUUUAAAUCAGGACGAGUUGCCUGCAGCAAACUCUCUGGAAAGUAAGAGAAGCGACCCGUUUCCGAAGUCUAUGUAUGGGGCUGCGGAGGAUUCUCACUCGGAUACAGAGUCUGUCACAGAAACCUUUGACAGUGCUAACGAGGUGUUGCUUGGGCCUUGCGCUGCGGUUAAUGCCCCUGCAGUCCCUGCUGUGGUGGAGUCGGAUGAGGAGCAAGUUGAGAUUUGUUGCACGAACGAUGAGCCGCCAAAGCCCGCACAGGAGCAGCAUCUGGCAUCUGCCACCAGCUCGUCCUCUGUGUCCUCGCUGCACCCUUACAGUGGCAACAGCUUGCAGACGGAGGACUGCGCAACGUGCGGGUCACUGGGGACGAGCAUCAGCAAACUGGGCUUGGAGGAUCAUGGUGCUCCCACUUGGUGUCCCUCACAGUGUUCAGAUGUGUCCUCUGCAUCCUUGUGUCCUCCUUCCUCAGUUUUCUUGCCAGAAAAAGACAUCCUAAAGAAUUCAGUCAGCAUCCCUGAAGUUUACUCUUUCUGUAACAAUGGUGCCUUAAGUACAGAAGAACAGAUAGAUUUGGGGAGCAGUAACGGACAUAUGAAAUGCAGUGAAUCCAGUGAAGAGGGAGGGUCUCUGCACUGCAAAAAGAUAAGCUUUUGCUCUGCUAGAAAUGUCAGUGGCUUGGAGAACAACUUGCUUGAGAAGGAAGGAUAUUGUGAUGAGCAGAGAUCCAAAUCUGAAAGUGAAACAGGGGUUGAUGACUCUAAUCAUCCUGUUAGUUAUUGCAUAGCCAAGAAAGAAACCAACAGUUUGUCCAGCUCGUCUAAAACAGACAGCAAUCAUGUAAAUGCAACAUCACCAAGAGCAAUAUCACUCAGGUCUCCCUUUCCCACUCGAUCUAAAGAUCCAAAGGCCAACACAACUCAUGACUUGCCAGGGAAAAAUGAGAAAAUUAACUCUGUGACUUCAGGAAGGACUUUGAAUGGAAAAGUCCAAAACUCAGGCACAAAUCACUGCAAAGGAGCUGCAGUACUGCACAGCCCAUCCUCGCAGAAAAAAUCCUGUCAGGAGUCUAAGGGAAUGGCACAAAAAGGUAUAAUGGACACCCUUUUAAAUAAUCAGAAGACCAAAGCAGGACCAAAGCUAAAAGGGUUCACCAUUAAAAACAAAACAAAGGCAAAUUCAGAUUCUUCUGGCAUUAAUCCUACCAAAGGCAGUGGGGCAGAUCAGAAAAAGAUUUCUGUUUCUCCACAGCUGUCCCCUAAACUCCUGGGGAAGAAAGCACCAUUGUCCCGUAAUUCACCUACAAACCCUGAUCCUAGCAAGAGCAUUUCAGCAGCCUCAAGGACUCUGAAGUCAGAGCUAGAAAAUAAACCAUCGCUGGUCAUUUCUGAAGAUUCACUUCUGCCUCUCCUGAAUGGCACUGGCAGCCCAACAGCGAGCCCAACAGGUGAAAUGAAGUGUGGCUGUGGGGAGCUGGCAGACCUGCAGCAGACAUGGGGAAAACCAAAAGACAAGCAAGUUUCCAUGCAGCCUGCAGUAUGUCAGAGUAAGAGUGCUAAGACGGAUGAUUUCAGAGCCAGAGAUGGUCAGUCCAAACUCGCUUCAUCUCCUCAGGGGAUACCAAAAAUUGAGUAUGUGAAAGGAAGGACUGAGAACCCUGGAACAGGCCUGAACACAACCAACAGCAUCUAUAGUGCAGAUGACCUCAGGCAAUUAGAUCUGCAAAAUACAGGAACGUCUGCUGGAGGUUCUUCUUCGUUGAGGUCCCCAUCUUCCUCACCAGCCUCAUUUUUGCAGCUACCAUUGCUGGAGAAAACAGAAGGGGGGAAUGCAGAAGUGCCUCGGCUGAUGGAGGAGAUGGGGACCACGCAGUAUUUCUCAAAAGCGGGUACCACUGGAGACAGAAAUGUCUAUGGUUUGUCAAAACCUGUGACAAGGACUUACUCAAUGCCGGCCCAGUUAUCAGGUCAUUUGAGGGAGGACUGCCAUGUUGCAGAGGUUCAUCCCGUGCAAGGACCCCAGGGCCACGCUGCAGAGGAGAAAUACCCCCAGGCAGCAGCGGGGAUGUCGAAGAUGGUCCAUCUCAAUCCGCCAAAUGUCCAGAGCGGGAAGGAGCAGGUGUAUGUCUCCAGAAGCACCCAGAGGGUCCAUGACACGUCCCCAUCAGCCAGCGACAUUGGCUGCUCUGCCACUGAUAAGCUG